AUGGUGGUGCUCCGCAGCAGCCUGGAACUGCACAGCCACUCGGCCGCCUCGGCCAGCGACCCUCUCGACCUGUCGAGCGAGUUCCUGAGCCUGGAGCCGCGGGGACGGGGGCGACUGCGCUCGGCCGGUGCGGCGGCGAAAUCGGCCGUCACCGCGGCCGCCGCGGGCGAUGGAUCUUCGGUUAAGGAAGUUGAAGCCUACCACCAUACGCGUGCUUUAAGGUCUUUGAGAAAAAAUGCACAGACUUCUUCAGAUUCUAGUUUUGAUAAGAAUAUGGAAAUAAUGGACAAACUUUCUAACGGCAGGCAUUUUACAAGGCAGUUGGCCAGACAACAGGCUAAUAAUAAGAAAAAAGGAGAGUGCAAAGAAGACAAAGUGAUCCCAGUUACUCGGUCACUGAGGACUAGGAACAUCAUUCAAACUACAGAACACUUACGCGCAGAGAAUGGUGAUGUUGAAGUUCGCCGCAGCUGUAGGAUUAGAAGUCGUUACAGUACUGUGAACCAAUCUGUGCUAUUUGACAAACUUAUAACGAACACUGCUGAAGCUGUACUUCAGAAAAUGGACGACAUGAAGAAGAUGCGGAGACAGCGAAUGAGAGAACUUGAAGAUUUGGGAGUGUUUAAUGAAACUGAAAAAGGGAAUCUUGCUAUGUACACGAGAAGUAAGCGGAAACGUAUCCAAAGAACGGAUGAAGAGACAACUGAUAAUCAAGAAGGCAGUGCAGAAUCAUCUGAAGAAGGUGAAGACCAAGAGGAUGAAGAUGAUGGUGAAGAUGAAGAAGAUGAGGAGGAGGAUGAAGAUGAUGAGGAGGAUGAAGAUGAUGAGGAAGAAGAUGGAGAAGAUAAUCAAAAACGAUACUAUCUUAGACAGAGAAAAGCUACUGUUUACUACCAAGCUCCAUUGGAAAAACCUCGUCAUCAGAGAAAGCCCAACAUAUUUUAUAGUGGCCCUGCUUCUCCUGCAAGACCAAGAUACCGAUUGUCUUCUGCUGGACCAAGAAGUCCUUACUGUAAACGACUGAACAGACGAAGACAUGCAAUCCACAGUAGUGAUUCCACCUCAUCUUCCUCUUCUGAAGAUGAACAACAAUUUGAGAGGCGAAGGAAAAGGAACCGUAACAGAGCAAUAAGCAGGUGCCUCCCACUCAAUUUUCGUAAAGAUGAAUUAAAAGGAAUUUAUAAAGACCGAAUGAAAAUUGGUGCAAGCCUUGCUGAUGUUGAUCCAAUGCAACUAGAUUCUUCAGUGCGGUUUGAUAGUGUUGGUGGCCUGUCGAAUCAUAUUGCAGCUCUAAAAGAGAUGGUGGUUUUUCCAUUACUUUAUCCUGAAGUCUUUGAAAAGUUCAAAAUUCAACCUCCAAGAGGCUGCUUGUUUUAUGGUCCUCCUGGAACUGGAAAGACUCUGGUGGCUAGAGCACUGGCCAAUGAGUGCAGUCAAGGGAAUAAAAGAGCAGCAUUUUUCAUGAGGAAAGGUGCUGACUGCUUGAGUAAAUGGGUUGGGGAGUCGGAAAGACAGCUGCGGUUGCUGUUCGACCAGGCUUACCAGAUGCGCCCAUCCAUAAUAUUCUUUGAUGAGAUUGAUGGUCUGGCUCCAGUACGAUCUAGCAGGCAAGAUCAAAUUCACAGUUCUAUUGUUUCCACACUGCUCGCCCUUAUGGAUGGGUUGGAUAGCAGAGGAGAAAUUGUUGUCAUCGGUGCUACCAACAGACUGGAUUCCAUAGAUCCUGCUCUACGGAGGCCUGGCCGCUUUGACCGAGAAUUCCUUUUUAGUCUACCUGAUAAAGAGGCUCGGAAAGAAAUUCUAAAAAUUCACACAAGAGAUUGGAAUCCUAAGCCACUGGACAGAUUUCUAGAGGAGCUAGCAGAGAACUGUGUUGGAUACUGUGGUGCAGAUAUUAAAUCCAUAUGUGCUGAAGCGGCUUUAUGUGCUCUCCGUCGACGCUACCCACAGAUCUAUACCACUAGUGAGAAACUACAGUUGAAUCUCUCCUCGAUUAAUAUCUCCGCCAAGGACUUUGAAGUUGCCAUGCAGAAAAUGAUCCCAGCCUCCCAAAGAGCCGUGACAUCACCCGGGCAGGCCCUGUCUGUCAUUGUAAAGCCACUCCUGCAAGGCACAGUGCACAAGAUCUUGGAGGCGCUGCAGAAAGUCUUCCCACAUGCAGAGAUUGGGACAAAUAAGUCCCUGGACUCGGAUAUUUCUUGUCCACUGCUAGAAAGUGACCUUGCAUAUAGUGAUGAUGAUGUUCCAUCAGUAUAUGAAAGUGGACUUUCUCAGAAAUCCUUUAAUAAGACAAAAGAACAUUUAAGUUUUCUUCGUUUGAAUAGAAAUGCUUGUCACCAACCGAUGUCUUUUCGACCAAGAAUGUUGAUAGUAGGAGAACCAGGCUUUGGGCAGGGCUCUCACUUGGCACCAGCUGUCAUCCGUGCUUUGGAAAAAUUUACCGUGUAUACAUUAGACAUCCCUGUUCUCUUUGGAGUCAGUGCUACAUCUCCUGAGGAAACAUGUGCCCAGGUGAUUCGUGAAGCCAAGAGAACAGCACCAAGUAUAGUGUAUGUCCCACAUAUUCACUUGUGGUGGGAAAUUGUUGGCACCACAGUCAAAGCCACGUUUACCACAUUAUUACAGAAUAUUCCUUCAUUUGCUCCAGUUUUACUGCUUGCAACUUCAGACAAGCCCCAUUCUGCUUUGCCAGAAGAGGUGCAGGAAUUAUUCAUCCGAGAGUAUGGAGAAAUCUUUAAUGUCCAAUUACCUAAUGAAGAUGAACGAACAAAAUUUUUUGAAGAUUUAAUUUUAAAACAAGCUGCUAAACCUCCUAUAUCAAGAAAGAAAGCAGUUUUACAGGCCUUGGAGGUACUUCCAGUAGCACCACCACCUGAACCAAGGCCACUGACAGAAGAGGAAGUGAAACGGCUUGAAGAACAAGAAGAAGAUACGUUUAGAGAACUGAGAAUUUUCUUGAGAAAUGUUACACAUAGGCUUGCUAUUGACAAACGAUUCCGUGUAUUUACCAAGCCUGUUGACCCUGAUGAGGUUCCUGAUUAUGUCAGUGUCAUAAAGCAACCGAUGGACCUUUCAUCUGUAAUCAGUAAAAUUGAUCUACAUAAGUAUCUGACUGUGAAAGACUACCUGAGUGAUAUUGAUCUUAUCUGUAGUAAUGCUUUAGAAUAUAACCCAGACCGGGAUCCUGGAGAUCGUCUUAUUAGGCACAGAGCCUGUGCUUUAAGAGACACUGCCUAUGCAAUAAUUAAAGAAGAACUUGAUGAAGACUUUGAGAAGCUUUGUGAAGAAAUUCAGGAGUCUAGAAAGAAGAGAGGUUGUAGCUCUUCCAAGUACGCCCCGUCUUACUACCAUGUGAUGCCAAAGCAGAAUUCCACUCCAGCUGGUGACAAGAGGUCUUAUCCAGAGCAGAAUGAGAAGCUGAAGGUGUCCAGCACCCCCAUGGCUUGCAGCACACCUGCUCAACUGAAGAGGAAAAUUCGCAAAAAGUCUAAGUGGUACUUAGGUACCAUAAGAAAACGAAGGAAAAUUUCACAGGCAAAAGAUGACAGCCAGAGUGUCCUGGAUGGCAAAAUUGAGAGUGAGACGGAAGAAAAUCAGGAUACUAGUGUGGAGCAUGAGACCGGAAACACAGGAGAUUCGUCAGUGGAAGAAAACGAGAAGCAGCAAAGUGCCCCUGAAUGCAAAAUGAAGUUGGGAAAUAAUGUUGAGAAUGACGGGGAAGAAUCUAGGAAGAAUACACCAUGUACAGAGCUGAGAAAAAAUAACAUUGUUUGCAACGGAGAUACUUCUGGCUCUCAGAUCAUCGAUAAUUUAGAUGAAAAUGAAGCAAGUGAAUGUGUUCUACGAAUGACUCGAGCAAGACGUUCCCAAGUAGAACAGCAGCAGCUUAUCAGUGUUGAAAAGGCAUUGGCAAUUCUGUCUCAGCCCACACCCUCACUUGUGGUGGACCAUGAACGAUUAAAGAACCUUUUGAAGACUGUUGUUCAGAAAAGUGAAAAACACAAUGUGUUUCAGUUGGAAAAUUUGUAUGCCAUAAUCAGCCAGUGUAUUUAUCAGCAUCGUAGGGACUAUGACAAAACAGCACUUAUUCAGAAAAUGGAGCAAGAAGUAAAAAACUUCAGUCAUUUCAGAUCAUGA